AUGUCAUCGUCAUUGACCUCUCAGCCUCCUCAACAAGUUUCAAUCUCCAUGCCAGUCAAACUCACGGGGUCGCAUGAUUACUUGCUGUGGAAAUCCUUCAUCACCCCAAUCCUCAAUUUCCAUGAUAUAUUGGAUCUCGCCGAAGGAUCAGAGCUGUGUCCACCAAGUGGCACCGAAGCUUAUACACAUUGGACUAAGAAGGACCAGUUACUCCUGGGUUUGAUCAAUGAAAGCUUAUCUGAAGACCUACUACUCCGACGUGCAGUAGGAUGCCCAAGUGGAAGAGCUCUAUGGUUGGUCUUUGAAGGCCUAUUUGCUCAAAAGGCAGCAGCUCACGUGAAACGUCUUAAGGAUCGCCUCGAAAAUCUGAAGAUGAAAAAGGCAGAUAACAAGCACAUGCAUAUAUACAUCAACGAAGUGAAAAAUAUCGUCAAGGGCCUCCAUGCAGCUGGGUUUCCAAUGGAGGACCGUGAAGUCGUUUCUUGUGUGCUUAGAGGACUUCCUUCGGAAUAUGAAGAGUUACUUGCUUCAAUCAGGAAUCGACCUCAGCCUCUAAGGCAGCAACAACUCUAUAAGUCACUGCUACAGCAUAGAUUGAAGUCUGAAAAAAUCGGGAAAGCAAUCAAGAUCGCUGCGGUUCUUGUUACUAUUAUUGUGGGAAUUAUAUUGUUACUGUUACUAUGA